AUGUCGAUUCCAACCGUACCUCUCCGCAUUGCGGUCGUGUUGUUCCCAGCACUAACGGCCCUCGAUGUCUUCGGGCCCCUGAACGCUUUGAACCUCCUGUCAAUUCAGCAUUCCAUGACCCUAUCUUUGCUUUCGACAGACUUGAAACCCGUCAGCAUUGACCGUACAAUCAUCGAUGGUGUGUACCAGGGCAUGCCAAGCUGGCAGUCUCCAAAUUUCACGCAACUCGUCCUGCCUACGCAUACUUUCGACGACGCCCCUGACUUCGACGUAAUAAUGGUGCCUGGCGGAUCAGGAACCCGUAACUUGAAUCUAACCAAGCCGCACGUGGAUUGGCUUCAGGGGCGUAUGGACGAUCCGAACCUGCAGUAUAUGAUGACCGUGUGCACGGGCACGUCCCUACUUGCGAGAACGGGCAAGAUUGCUGGGAAGAAUGCAACAACCAACAAAGCAGCGUUCAACUGGGUUAAAACUGUGGAGCAUGCCGAAGAUGUGAACUGGAUCGCCAAGGCACGCUGGGUCGUCGAUGGAAACCUAUGGACAAGUUCAGGAGUCAGUGCCGGAACUGAUAUGACGUUGGGGUGGAUUGAACAUGUCUAUGGCAGGAACGAGAGCGAAAGGAUCAGAAUACAGUUGGAAUGGGUUUCCUUGAAUCAGACGGAUGAUCCAUUUGCAGAGAUAUAUGGCCUAGUGUAA